UCCUCUUGGCUCUCGAUUUGGAGCGGAAAUUCAUCUCUCUAAAUCAUCAAUGGCGCUUUCCUCUGCGUUUCGAGAGAGGCUAGAGCUCAUGGAGCGUACCAGAAACCAACGCCUCUCUCUCCUCCAGGUAGAGAGAGAAUUGGAAGCAAACAGAUCGAAGAUCUUAGCGUCAAAGCUAGCUGAUAUUCGGUCCGUGGAGCAACGUUGCUUGGUGCUCGAUCGAAACAUUGCGUCUCAAAACUUCAAAAUCUUGGCUCUAAAAUCUGAAAUCGAGAGCCUCGAUGCCAAAUACCAGGCCGAUUUACAUCAAUUGAGGGUUUUGAAGAGUGAAGUGGAGGAACUGGAAGAGGAGGAGAAGGAGAAAGAGAGGUUUUAUGAGCUAAAAAGUAAUGAAAUGAAGGAGUUUAGGGAAACUCUGGAGAAAUUUGUUCUGAAAUCUCAGAUGCAAGUGAAUGAGUUGAGGAAUCAAGUGAAUGAGUUGAAUUCAGCCUUUGUAAAACUCCAAGACAACAAUGGAUAUUUGAAUAAUUCUGAGAUAGCUCCAGCAGAGAUGAGAAAGUCAGAGCUUGUUGCCGCGAAGAAGAAUUUGGACAAAACUUUGGCUUCUAAUUGCCAAAUAAGAUCACAGCUGCAAAAGCAGCUUCAGAGUAUAUCGAGCGCACAAAAUCAAGAGAAGAGAAAACUAUCCCAAUUUCACUGUUAAGUAAAGGUGCAAUGAAGCAGGCUUCUUAUCAGAGAAGUUUUUGGGCUAUAUAACUUGCUGAAACCUGUGUAAUUUCUAUAAAAUGCUUUGUGAAGUGAAUCAGAUUUCUAUCUUUGUUUUGGUAAA